AUGGCAACUCGCCGUGCCAGUUCUCGACGCAAGAAGGAUGUCGAUGAGGAGCCAACUCCUCGAGUAAAUCAAGUUAAAGAGCCAAUUAUAGACAAGGAAGAAACUCCACUCGCUGCCAUCCUGCAACAAUCUGGAGGUUUGGGAAUAUCACAACUUACGAGAAGCAGCACCCAUAAUGGAAUUGUCACGCUUAGCGAAACUACUGUGGAAAGAGGGCAAGUCGGUUUGAUAGUGUUGAAGGAACACUUGUCUGAGAUUGAGUCAUUGCUCGCUUCGUGCGAUGCCAUGCGUGCUACAGUCGUCCGUGAACUGGAUCGCGUAACUCACGAUGUAAAUCAGCUACGCCGCAUGGCCGCCGACAGAGUCAACGACUUUGACCCAAACUUUCGAGUCGAUUCCGCCACCAUGCGUGAACGACGACAUCAAAGACGCUGGAGCCAUGGCAGUCAUCUAGCAUUCGGAAGUGGCAAGAUCUUUUAUUCUCGCCAGUCGAGACUAAGUGAAUUGCUGCAAACCAAGGACUUUCAAACCAUAUAUAAUAUAUUCGUUGCCGUGUUGCCAUUACUAUUCAUAAGUAUAUGCAUGCAGGAAUACUACCAGACGGGACAGGCCAUCAACUUUAGCUUGUUGACGUAUUCGUUCAGUCAUCUGGAUAUAGUCAUGUUUGCUUGGAUUGUCAUGUUCUUGUAUGCUGUGUUGGGGUAUAGGUGGAAGCAUGCUCAUUCCACGAUGCCGCUCUGGGUUAUGAUCCCAUUAUAUAUUAUUUAUCAGAUAGCGUUUUCACUCUUUGCUAGUUGGGUAGUGCUAAAGUAUCAGCUUGGACCAGCAUCUGGCAUGAUUGUCAUGUGUGAGCAAGUCAGAAUGUCAAUGAAACUCCACUCAUUCUUUAGAGCAUACAUGCUCGGUCCUCCUGAAGGACGAUCUCCGCAAACUGUAGACCAUUCAUCCAAUUUCUCGUCACGACCUUCUCAUGACGCAGGGUUCUCGCACUUCAUAUACUUCAUCUUCUCGCCUACUUUAUUGUACAGGACGUCGUAUCCGAGAACACCGUAUGUUCGCUGGACGAAUGUGUUUAUGCAUGGAGCUGAAUGCUCGUUUAUUAUAUUGUACCUUUAUGUUAUUUUUCAAAAAUUCCUGUUUCCAGUGAUCCAGGCUCCUCAUUCGGAAGAUAGUUUGAAACUGUUCCUGUCGAUAGCAUUCAACGCCAUGUUGCCAUCGAUGAUUGUCUUUAUCUUUGGAUUCUUUGGCUUGCUACAUUGCUGGUUGAAUCUAUGGGCUGAAUUGCUGCAAUUUGCCGAUCGAGAGUUCUACAAGGACUGGUGGAACAGUACUAGUUUCAACGAGUUCUACAGAAAAUGGAAUGGUGUCGUUUACGACUUCUUGUAUGAAUACGCAUAUCUAGAUAGUGUGGCAUUCUUGGAGAAGUGCAAAUUCUCCAAAUCUGCUUCUAGAGCUCUGGCUGCUCUCUUUGUUAUAGAAGCUUCGGCCGUCGUCCAUGAGUACAUACUCGCUGUUGGAUUUCGCUUCUUCUAUCCAAUGCUCUUGGUGAUGUUUGGAGGACCAGGAUUACUCUUUACGCACCUUCAUCGAGGAGACAAGAAUGUCAAGGGUCAAAACAUAUUUGUGUGGUGUAUGCUCUUGUGUGGAACGGGAUUUCUCAUAUCAUGUUAUUCCCGCGAGUAUUACGAACGUCAGAACUUGGUCUUGCAUAGAGGGAAACUCGAUGCACAAUUCUGGCGUGAAUUCGUAACGCCGUACUCUCUUCAAUCGUUGUUUGAGUCGAUCUCAUCCAGCUAA